GAAAAAUUAUCGAGCGACGUUAAAGAAUUUCGCACGCCUCCCUCCGCCCACAGUGGCUCCUCGCUCCCCACCGUCCACGGCCGUCCCGUCGCGGAAGAAGGGGGAGAAUCCACCCGGAAGAAGAAGAAGAAGAAGAAGAAGAUACAGAGAGGGUCCAUCCGCCCCUCUUGCAAUCGCGGCCGACCUCGGACGCUUGAGCAGUCCCUCUCCUUGAAUCUUCAGGCGACUACCCAAUUCGCAGAUCACGGCAAUUGCGGUCGCAGAAAGUCGCGUGCGCUUGCCUGCCGAGAUUCGACUUCACGGCGCUUGGUUUCUUUUGGCAGGGAGGAACGGGGGGGCGCUGCUCUUUUGUUCGCAGAUCUGGUGUUCUGAUCCCGUCUCGUUUUUUUGACUCGUGGGGGGCGGGCCGGAGCUAAGGAUGGGGAUCCUGUUCUCGCGGAUGUUCUCGUCUCUGUUCGGCAACAAGGAAGCUCGGAUCCUCGUGCUCGGGCUCGACAAUGCCGGGAAGACCACGAUCCUCUAUCGGUUGCAGAUGGGUGAAGUUGUUUCCACUAUUCCAACGAUCGGAUUCAAUGUGGAAACAGUCCAGUAUAACAAUAUCAAGUUUCAAGUCUGGGAUCUCGGUGGGCAAACAAGUAUCAGGCCAUAUUGGAGAUGCUAUUUCCCUAACACUCAAGCCAUCAUCUAUGUGGUUGAUUCAAGUGACACUGAUAGGCUUGUGAUAGCAAAAGAAGAAUUUCAUGCUAUCUUGGAGGAAGAAGAGUUAAAAGGGGCUGUUGUCCUGAUUUUUGCUAACAAGCAGGACCUUCCUGGAGCGCUUGAUGAUGCUGCAAUAACUGAAGCAUUGGAAUUGCAUAAGAUUAAAAGUCGCCAAUGGGCUAUCUUUAAAACUUCUGCUAUUAAAGGGGAGGGCCUUUUUGAGGGCCUCGACUGGUUGAGUAAUACGCUGAAAUCAGGAGGAGGCUAAGCUCAAUUAUGGGUUUUUGGGAGAUGAAAAUUCAGCCAGUGUCGAGCAUGAGAUAGAAAGGGUCUAGUCUUUACUUGGUUAAACUUGGUGAUUGAGUUUGACAUUCAUCCACUCGUAUGAUAAUAUCUGAUGUACUGAUUUUUAGGAAUUUUUGGGUGACUUACUUUCAAGAAUUGUGAACUUUUUAUCAAGCACAUGAACAAAUGGUUCUUACUUUUCACUUGUUACUUCUUUCCUUUAUAAUGUGUGUAAUCUCAUCAAUUUUUUUGGUCCGUUGCCUCUUUGUAAGACAUUUUCUUCUGAAUGCUUUGUUCUUCAGACUUUCGCA